CUCCGGACCCUUUUUCGGAUUUUCCAAUCUCAUCGUUUCCCUCCUCGUCUGUGGCAGUCCAGCUUUUUUUUGGGUGCUCCCAAGGCAUCUACUUAUUCUUGUAUCACAUUCUCGGUUUCAGUCGUCAGCAACAGCGAGGCUUGGAAUAUAUCCGGGGCCGUUGAAAGGUAUAUAGGGACAGGUCUCUCCUCGCCGUUUGGUCAGAACUCACCAACGAAUCCAAAGCCAAACAAGCCUUCUCAUCCACUCAAGUUUUCCAUCUGCGUCCAAGAGACUUGUCUCUUCAUACCCAAUCAAAGUCCAUCACGCACGAUCGUCUGUCCAAACUCUCUCAAAAUCUUUCCACACAAGCUCUUCCUCUGAGUUCACGGGACUAUUAUCCAAACUUCAUCAAUCAUGUCUGGAAACGCUCAUACCUCCAAGUCCGCCAACGGCAUGGGCAGCAGCCUCAGUGCAGGAAACCUGAGUCACAUCCCGGAUGGCAGCAGCGGCAGCAUGGAACGCUUUUCGCAGUCGUCCGCGGCGGAAGCACCUUACUAUGCCCGGGCACGAAUGGGAGAACGCUCUGAUCAUGUGUCGCGUCUCUCAAGCCAGCUCGACGCGACAGAACAGAACUUGAA